CAUGUUUUGCAAGUGUUGUUUGUUUAAAUGCAAAUAAUAACAUUCUAGUAAUGAACUAUGCGUGUUAAAUGAAUUGAAAGUUCUGUACGUUACAUAGUAUAGUACAGAACAUAUGUCUUAACAUGGCGGGAUUCACAAAUGCGCGAGUCAUUAUGCAUAACGGUCACGUGGUAUUAGGCUGUAUUUGGCGGUAAAAUAGAGCGGGUUUUCAUUCUAGGCUUGACUUCUGUCCUUUCAAGGCGUAAAUUUUAUUAGGCUUUAUUUUGAAAAUGUCUGACGAUGACAGGAUGGAUGAAAUGGAGGGGAUUAUUGAAGACAAGGUGCAGUCAGCAUUGAAAGAGAAUAAUGAGCAGCUGUUGAAAAAUAUUGAGGGCAUGAUAAAUAAAAUAAGUGUUCCAAUUCCUUCUUGUUCUGAUAUUCAAGAAAAACCAAAACUUAAAAGGAAGAGUAAUGACGAGCAAUACAGACAUAAUGCUAAAGUAAUGGCUAAAUUAGAAGAUGUUAGCACAUCUUUGUCUUCACAAGAUAUCGAUAGAGCACGAGUUUCAGUUAUAGAAGCAAAAGACCUUAUAAAACGGAGGCAGAAGUUAAUUCAACUGGCUGAUGGUUCUGAGCUGGGUUGACGCCUCGUGGCGGAGUAUGAGUCGAAUCCAAUUGUGUCUGGCAGUGAAGACGAGAAGCGCAUUUACAAAGCGGAGGCCAGGGCGAAUAGGAAGGCUAAAGCGGAUAAGGUCAAGAAGGCGAGAAUAAGGAAUUUGCCUUAUCGUAGACGAGUCAACACGGGGGAACAGACGACUAGUCAGCCUCAGCGUUCUAUGGGUUCUACAGGACAGACUCAGCGUACAGGAGCAUGUUAUACCUGCGGGGAUUUUGGAUAGUGGAAGGCAGACUGUCAGCAAAACAGGCGUCCUAACAAUAAGUUAAGUGUUUCUAAUUGUCAUAUUUUUUGUGAUGAAAAGUCGCAAGACUGUAUGGUUGACAACGGACUUUCUGUCCAGAGAGAGGGUAUUAUGUUAGAUACCACGUUAAAUGUUGAUUCUUUAGAUUGUAGAGAAGCUAGUAACUUGAAGUCUGGUUGUCAUAGUAACGAUUAUCCAGCAAUUUUCGGUAAGAGUUAUAUUUGCAAUAAUACUGAUCAAUGUGAAAUAUCUACUAUUGCUGAAAAGGAUAAAAAUCAUGUAAGUAUUAAUGGUUUAUCGCCAAAAGGGCGUCUUAAGGAAUCUUUAGAAUACUGGAGAAAAAUCACUUCAGAUAGUUAUUUACUUGACGUUGUAGAAAAUGGAUAUAGGCUACCCUUUAAAGAAACGCCCCUGGAUAUAUAUUUAAAAAAUAACAAGUCUUCAAGAGAAAAUCCAAAUUUUGUAGAAUCAGAAAUAAGCUCUUUAUUGAGCAAAUGUGUUAUCUCACAGGUUCAGAAUAAACCAAGAAUAAUUAACCCUUUAACAGUCGCUUACAGUAAAACUGGUAAGCCGAGAUUAGUUUUAGAUUGAAGGCACAUCAACCCUUGUUUACAUUUGUUCAAAAUUAAAUUUGAAAACAUUAAAGUCGCUCAACAACUGUUUGACAUUUCCAGUUAUGUAUAUACAUUUGAUUUAAAAAGCGCUUAUCAUCAUGUAGAAAUUUUUUCAAAACAUAGAACUUUUUUAGGUUUUUCUUGGACAUCUAAGGGUAAAACAAAAUAUUAUAUGUUUAACGUCCUCCCUUUUGGCAUAGCAACCGCAGGUCAUAUUUUCACAAAAUUAUUAAGGUGUGUAGUAAAAUUUUGGCGAUCUUUAGGUCACAAAGUCGUUAUGUUUUUAGACGACGGUAUUGGAGGUAAUGCGGAUUUUCAGCAAGCUAACAUUUCAAGUUUGUUCAUUCAGAAAACUUUAAAUGAAUUGGGAUUUUUGAUAGCUCAAGAAAAAUGUAAUUGGUUAGCGUCUCAACAUGCUAGCUGGUUGGGGCAUGAUUUAAAUUUUUUGUCGAAUAGAUUGUUUUUCAGUUGUGAGAGAAUUAAACGUCUCGAAUCAUCUAUAGAUGUUUUGUUGUUAAUGCUCAGGGCUGAAAAUACACAACUUAUUCAGGUGAGAUCUUUAGCCUCAGUUGUAGGCCAGGUGAUAUCACUGCUUAGUGUCAUGGGGACAGUAGUUUGUCGCAAAACGAGGUAUUUGCAUAAGUGUAUAGAAAAUAGAACAAGUUGGAAUAGCAAAGUAAGUGUGACAGACUAAGCUUUACAAGAAUUGUUGUUUUGGCGAGAAAAUGCGUCGGGUAUGAACAAAAAAGGUAAAAUCUG